CAAAUAAAUUUAUUUACAACAUUUAAUCAACUCAAAACUUAUUACAAAAUCAGACGUAACGCAGAUUAGUGAUGCACGAUAAUAUGGACGACGUGAACAACAUGGCUGGGAGUUUUAAAGAAUUUACAAAGAAUGGCAAAAAAAUUUUAGGGGCUGCAUUUAAUUACCACCGAGCUCUCCAAGCUGCAAAAGCCCCAAAACCUGAAAACCCCGUAAUAUUCAUGAAAUCAUCAACAUCAUACAUAACAGAAGGAAAUAAAAUAAAAACCCCACAAGGGGCUGAAAUCCUCGAAGAAGUUGAAUUAGGGGUAGUAAUCGGAAAGAAAUGCAAAGAUGUCGAAGAAUUAGAUGCAAUGUUAUACGUGGGGGGAUAUUGUUUAGCUUUAGAUUUAGGAUUAAAUAAUCUUUUGCCUGAAUAUCGCAAAAAAGGUUUUCCAUGGUGUAUAAGUAAAUCAUUUGACACCUCGUGUCCUGUUAGCAGAUUUGUCGACCUGGAAGAGCUAAAAGAUCCGCAUAACGUCGAAUUAUGGUGCAAAAUUAACGGGAAACUACAACAAACGGAUAAUACAAGCGAUUUAGUGUUUAACAUACCGCAAUUGAUAUCUUAUUGCUCGAAAUACAUGACUUUGGAACCCGGAGAUUUAAUUCUUACCGGAACUGGACCUAAUUGCGGAAUCAUCAAACCAGGGGAUACAAUUUCGUGUGGUAUGGGGGAAGUUGUUUGUAUGGAAUUUGAUGUGGAAUAAGAUUAAAGAUUCAAAUUUGCCACAAAUGUCAUUUUUUUUAUGAUUUAAGCGCCAUCUAUUACAAUUAAAUAAAAAUUUAAUUCUAAUUUUAA